CUGUACUAAAAGCAAACCUUCUGCAAACCCUGCCCCUCAGCAGGCAAGUGAGGGCUCCAGAAGAGAAUUCGGCUUUGACGUUUUACUGGCAGCAAAGAGUCCUUGAGCAGUGAGGGGAUGAUAAAUUGUCAUCUAACCCUGCCUGCCUUUAGCCUCCAGUCUCCUUCCUGCUGCCUGUGCUCUGGGCUUCAAGGAAGGGCCUGAACGGGACCUGGGUACUUCGUACUUAACAGAUAUAGUAUGGUGGUCUGGCACUAUUGCAAUGGCUCUGGGUCAAAUAGGGAAUUUCUUGGCCUACACUGCAGUUCCAACUGUGCUAGUGACGCCCUUGGGAGCUCUUGGCGUUCCAUUUGGGUCUAUUUUAGCUUCUUACUUACUGAAAGAAAAGCUGAACAUUCUUGGCAAGCUGGGAUGUUUGCUGAGCUGCGCUGGGUCUGUUGUUCUCAUCAUCCACUCCCCUAAGUCUGAGAGUGUAACGACUCAGGCUGAGCUUGAAGAGAAGCUUACGAAUCCAGUUUUCGUGGGUUAUCUCUGCAUAGUGCUGCUCAUGCUUCUCCUCCUUAUCUUCUGGAUAGCUCCAGCUCAUGGACCUACUAAUAUCAUGGUUUACAUCAGUAUUUGCUCUCUGUUGGGCAGUUUCACUGUUCCCAGCACAAAAGGCAUUGGGCUGGCUGCUCAAGAUAUCUUUCACAAUAACCCCUCAAGUCAAAGGGCUCUGUACCUCUGUCUGGUACUUCUGGCAGUAUUAGGAUGUAGCAUUAUCAUUCAGUUCAGAUACAUCAAUAAGGCACUGGAAUGUUUUGACUCCUCUGUGUUUGGUGCCAUCUACUAUGUUGUGUUUACCACCCUAGUCCUGCUGGCUUCAGCCAUCCUUUUCAGGGAAUGGAAUAAUGUAGGAGUAGUUGAUUUCUUGGGAAUGGCUUGUGGAUUCACCACAGUAUCUAUUGGAAUUGUUCUUAUACAAGUCUUCAAGGAAUUCAACUUCAAUAUUGGGGAUUUAAAUAAACCUAACAUGAAGACAGAUUAAAAAAUUAGGGGAAACUGGAUGGCUCAGGGAAGGAUGCAGAGCCUUUCAUUUCUAGGUCACUGAAUCAAAUAUGAUUCAGGUUGGUAGUUACCCUCUGACGAUUUGGUGGCCUACGUGAAAUGAAUUGGAGUCCUCCAUCCAGUUUCAAAGGAGCAGUUGUCCAUGUAACCCCUGUCAACACAAUAAAUGACCUUAAUUUGAACCACUGAUUGAGUCAGCAUAGAGACUGAUGUAUUUCCUUACUGGAAAAGGUAACCAAUCCAAAAAGAUCAAGGGAUAUUCUGGCAAACCUCCGUGUGCAAGCUUGUCUUGUGGCUUCUGAGGUACCAUUUUGGUGGGCAGAGACCAUCAGUUUCUAAUGCACUCAAUCUGACACCUUUUAUGAGUGAUGUAUACCUUAAAAUAUGGGGGGAGAAAAGUGAGUGGAACAAUGUAAUCUCAAUAUAGCAAUGUGUUCACCAUCAAAGCUGUGAAUUCCAAGACAAAUGUUUGUUGACUCCAUGGACUGCAGAUUUGUCUUUUUUAGUGACUGUCUUGGCAACUUGGACUACCAUGCAGUGAAGACACUGGGGAGUUUUAAAUUGUAUUAUUUAUACAGAGCAGUGGACCAUUAAAAAAUAUUUCACUAAUUAAUUAUCAGCUGAUGGUAGUGUCCAGGUAUGCAUUUUUCUUUGAAAUUUAGUGCACUAAGACAUACCCCAUUCGUCUGAGUUUUUAAUUGAGAGCAGACAGAAAGACUGUGAAGGAUGUGGAAAUUAUGCACAGACUCAUUGCCUAUAUGGUGGCUGAUUUGUAAGCAGCUCAGAACUAUUUCAGUGCCUUUGUAAUCCAAAAAUACUGCAUAAACAUGAAUGUAUCUGUUUCAGAUGGCCUGUACUGGUUUAAUAAUUCAAUUUCACUGUCUAUAAUAUUGGACUGUAUUCAAAUUCUAAUCCAGAAGGAGCCACACAUUUUUUGAAGAAUUAUAUAACCUGAACCGAAACCCUUAGAUGCCUUGACGGCUUCUAAAAAACCCAUAGUCCUAAUGGGAAGAGGUAAUCUCUGGGAGGAGGCAGUCCAGCAGACCUUGAUUCUAGUUAAGUGACUACAGGAAGCCAUUUUGUGAAGUAGUUAAUAAGCAACCACCAAAAAAAAAAAGAAAAGAAAAGACAUUUGAGAGAGAAGAGCAUGAGAUUUCUCAUAGCUCAAAAAAAGAUGGACUGACCCUCAUGUAACAUGAGAAAGCAGAGGCAUUUAGAGGGCUGAGUUUCAGAGAGCCAACAGGGAUACACAUUCAGAUCCAGUAAUUUACAGACCUGUGUGAACAGUUCAGCAAUAAUACUUUGACAAGUAGUAAAAAUUGGGAUGAUUCUGAACUGUUCACUUUAAGCCAUUUAGAGAAUAUUGAGAUGUCAAAGAAAGAAAUAGUUAAUUUUCAUGUUGUACUUAUAUUUGGUAGUUAGAACAUCUUGAGUCAAAAACUUGUAAGGAAAGCGUGAAAAGUAAUGCAUGUUGGUUACUGUUUAAGUACAAAGGGUCCAGUGGAACUUAGCAUCUCUAGUUCAGCAGGUCUCUGGAAACAAAGAAAAAAACCCAAUGUGAUUAUGAGACAGCAUUUGAAAAAGUUCAUGACACUUUAUCAAGAAAUCAUGAAUGUGGCUUUGUGGCUGGCUGGCAGGAAUGUGGACGUUGAUUAAUAGGGUGCAAUACUGUCCUCUCUCGUUACUUUUUUUUGUUGAUCUGAUGUUAAUUAAUGUUACCUUAGAACUCAGCCUCUGUUUUCAUUUAAGAGGAAUGUUAGAAGUCCUUCUGAUGGUAGCACUAUUUGUGAGCAGAGGAUCCUAAAGAUUUAGUAUUCUGAAGGGACUAUUCCCCACUGAGGGAGUAGGAGCCCCACUGUAUUAUUUGGAACUUUGUUUUAGAGCUUCAGGCUGGGUGGAGAGAGUCUGAGUUGGCAGAAAUGCACAUUGUUAUGGUCCAGCAAGGAAACUGGGUGUCUUGGUGAAAUAAAGUAGCACUAGCAGAGAAAAGGCCAACCUCAUGGAUUUUCGAAUAUUGUGUAUGGUUUCUAGAAAGUCUGAGAAUUGUGGGUGAGGGAAGCUGGCCUAUGAAAGCUGGUUAAAAUGAACCUCUCUCUUAUUACUGAUUGGAAGAUGGUAUCUUGGUUGUCAGCAGUUUUGUUUUGUCAUAUUACUUCCCUUUUUCUGGUUGAAACAGGAAUUUUACUUAGGAUAUGAGGCCUGUACUGACCUGCUUUUUAAAAUGUUAGCUGUUUUCUGAAGCAGUCAUGUUAUCUUUUCAAAAUUAAAGGUCAGCGUUCGUGAGUUCUGUGUUGUUUUUGUACUAGCCUUUGCUGUCUGAAGACCUCUGUGAAAAAUCUUUCAGGUUAAAAUGGAAAUGAUUGUGGUUUCAUCUUAGUCCUCCUUUGGCUGUAUUUGUCUUGUUUUAAAAUUCAUUCCUGUUUAUUUAGAAAGUGCCUAUCUUGGUAUGUUAGGUGUGUAUGCAAAUUACUAGUAAAUAUUAGAUCCAAAAUAACUUGACUGCCCUGUCUAAACCUUGGCAUUUUCUGUGCCAUGCACACACAAGUUUACUUGAUAAGCACUCACUAUGCAGAGCACAAAUAAAGAAGCAGCUGUGUGCUGUGGUCCUCUGACCAUCCUUACAGCUGGUAAACAUCUGCAUAGGUUCCUUCUCUUCUCCCCAGCUGCUCCUCAUCGGUGAUGAGCUUUCUAGAGGUGUCUAAGUUAACCUGGUUUAAAAGAGAGAUGUCAAAAGCCAGCACAUAAGGUGAAGGAAAUUCCCGUGGCCUUGCACAUCGUUUAUAUCUGCAGCCUUUUACAUCAUGAACACUAAAUAAUGCAAACAUUUAUUUUUGCUACUUUGUUCAGUAUGCAGCAGCGUUCUUUUGAGUUCUCCUGUACCUGGAUCUGGUUCAGUUCUAACUUCAGAAAUGGAUUAGCAUUUUAUGUUGUCGUUGUUGGUAUGAUUCUUCACCCCUCCAUCCCACACCCUCCUUGUUCUAGGUGUCCUACCUUUUUUAAUCCCAUUGAUUUUCUGAUUUAAAAGGAGGCACUGUUGAAUUUUAGCCAUUUUAGCACUUUGAGUAAGACAGAUAGCUGAGUUCCAUCAUCUCAGGGAGCAAAUGUGCAUAGUUGUCUCCUGAGCUUUAGUGUCCCUCACAGGUCUGCCCUUGUCAUGUUCUUCUUGCAUUAGAUACUCUUAGUAGCUACAAACCAGAUUACUUCAGUCCCAGUUGCAAAGCAGAAGAGGGAGAGGCUACACAUACAAAAAGUGGACUCACUUCAGUGGUGGGAUGCAUUGGAAUUGGAUUCAGAUCCAUAUGAAAGGUGUUUUGCUCUGUAAGGCUGGCUUCUACUACACUUGUCAAACCUAUUUACUUGGUACUCACUUGAAGAUAGCUCUUUGAUCAAUAUCCCUUCAGUGUGUGGAGGAUUUACAUGUGUCAGUCACGAUCUCUAUUAGGUGUCAAACACAAAAACCCCUCAAAUACUCAAUAGGAGAAUAGACACAUUUUUGAUACAACAACAACAACAAAAUUUGUUACACCUUAAAUACUUAGGUAAAGAAAAAAAAUGUCUAAACAAGUUAUCUGCUGUAUUGACUUUCCAGGACUCUGUAUGUGUAAAUAGAGCCUAUUUACUAGUGAGCUGCAACUAACAUUAUUAAGAACCUGUCAUAUCACAGUUUGACAAGUGAAGCUUCCUAUUAAUAAUCGGAGUUUAUAUUGAACAUACGUAUUUUUCUGAAGUAACUAGUGCUGAAAAAUGAAAACACUGGAUUUUAUUUGUUGAAAUACUAGGAUCUGAGGUUUAGCUUUCGUUUUUGUUUAAAAAUAGAGGAUUUGUAUUUGCAGACAGAUUUGGGGUUAUUAAAUAUGGGGUGCUUAAAAUGGGCCGUUGUUUGCACGUUAUACCCUCCUCACCUUGUUUCAUAAUUAUAAAGCAUCAAGGAUUCUACAGAUAUUCCUCAGUUGUCUUGAGAUGGUGUAGCUGCUGAAGCUUUGCUAUUAAACCAAAUGUUAGCAAAGGUUUAUCUAUUACCUGUUAUCUUUUAUUUACAGAUACUAGUCUUUGUAAUAAUUCUUUGGUGCUAUUGAAUAUGGGCUUAAGUGAUGCAGAAUUUCAUAUGUACCAUGUUAGGCACCAAUUAUAUCAACAGUUAUUAUUACUAGUGCCCAAGACAGCAGUGUUGAAAUGUUAUGGAUUAAGAAAUCAUUUUUAAAAGCUGCAAGUAAGGUUUGUUGGGGUUUUUUUUGUUGUUUGGUCCUGUCCCACCCCCAACAGUUGCUCUACAGAGCAGAAUAUAUUACUCAAGAGGAGUAUUUUUAAGUUAAAUCCUUCUUCAACUGUGGAGCCUUUUUUUUGCUCCCCCCCGGGAUGUAAAAAAUAGUUCUAAUGGCAUAUGGGGGAAAGGCAGAUGGCAACAAACAUGCAGUGUUGGGUUUGGUUGCUUCAAUGCUAUUGCAAUAUAGUUACUACAGAUUACACAAAAAUGGUUUAUUUUAUUAGCUUCCAAAUAAUGUAUAUAUAGAUUUGUUAAUUGCUUAGAAGUCAAGCUUACUCUCUUUGCUUUUUAACAAAUAGUUAUAGGCAUGUUGUAUUUGCCUUGUGUAAAUUAUAAAAGGCUAUUUAUUAAGUUUUAUGAUAACUAAUCUAUUUAUUAACCUGUAUUGUUUUAAAAUAAAUGAUUUAUUUAUAGCUCAA